GAAGAUAAUUGCAUAUUUUAUGUAAUUUAAUGAUACAAUCAGGUGACUAUAGAACAUAUUUGAAACUAAUCGAUCCCACCCACCAACUACGGUCAAUUGAUUGCUUAUAAAAAGGGUGAACAAGGAUAGAUAUCAGUAUAAACUUUUCAGCUAUAGUACAAUGCAGAUAUAUUUCUUUUCAUAUUUGUGUGGUGUCGUGUGUGUAAGUCUGUUGGCUGUUCAUGCAAUACCAAGUUUUGAGGAUUUUUUAUCCAGCGAUCAACCAUGGUCGGGUUUGCCCCAAUGCAGCUGGCUAAAUAAACCUUGCGAUUAUGCAUUGAAGACAAUCUCACAAAGACGUUCACCUAACGGAGAUGUCGAGCGAGAAGAGACACUAUUUGAAACAACAACAGAGAUCUGCACAUGCCCAGAUGGUGUUGCUUGUCCGCGAGGAUGGGACAAUGUACCAGGAAAAACAAUUACACGAAAUCUUUUAUCAUCAGGAAAACGUGUUGAAUACAAGUCGAACUAUUGCACGGAACCAAGUCCAGAUAGAAUUUGUAAUGUGGAAGAAGAGGAAGUGGCAGUUGUAAUGACUGGGGUUAUGUACCCUGAUGUAGUUGAGAGCGCGAACUGUGCUUGCCCAAACAAUGAUUUCAACUUACAAUUGAAGAGAGCUUACUAUGUGUCCACUUUCAAAAUCACACAUGAAUUUGUUUGCAGUAUGAGAACCUGCAACAUGAACACAUCCAAUAGAAGAGUGUGCAAGAAAAUAAAAAAGGACCAAACCACGGAAUACAGGUGUACUUGUCCGGAAGAAUAUGAAUGCCGCAUGGAACCUUCAGCAAGAAAGGGUUAUUGUGAAAGACGUGUUGAAAUGUAGAAAGAAUAAUUAAGAAUUAAAAUAUACUGAUUAGCAUUAGUGAAUUGUUAGUAACACCAAUUAAGAAACGGUGCAAAAAUGAACAAAUACAUGUAAAAAUAUGUUCUUAUAGUUUGUUUUUUGUUUUGUUUAUUUUUUUGUAAAGCUUUUCCAUAACUGCCAUUCAUUUAUUGUAAAUGUUCUUACACGUUUUGUGUACAUAUAUGUUGUUUUUAAGUGCUUUUUAUUAAUAUCUUAAAUACAUUUUAUGGAAACAA